AUGAGUAGGCUUCUUCUACGAGGGGCUGCAUGCCAAAAUGCUCGAAAUGAGGUGUUGCGAUCUCUUCCCGUCUCUGGCAUCCCACUGCCGCGGUUCUCUCCUUUUUCCUCCCCUUCGAUCCCCAACCCUAGAGCUUUCUCCGCCGUAACUUGGCUACGAUCUGAUCGUCCUCCGACUUCACACCAACUCGAAACCCAUCUGUCUGAACCGGAAGAUCCAACAGCUCAACUAGAAAACAAGACGCCAGCUACAUCACAACAUGUUCCCUGGUAUCUACAGGAAGAGGCGCCGACAGUGACAGACCGCCCGUUGAACGAGGCCCAUCUCCCGCAGAUCCCUGAUAAUUCACCAGAAAUGCUCUCGACCCUUCUGGAGUAUACCUAUAAGGACUUGGGUCUGGAUAGUCUCAAACUUUUCGACUUACGUGGCCUUGAAAUCCCUGCAGCUCUCGGUGCUAGUGUCAUCAUGAUCAUUGGCACUGCUCGCAGUGUUAAGCAUUUGAAUGUGUCGGCGGAUCGCCUCUGUCGCUGGCUUAGAAGUCAAUACAAGUUGUCUCCAUAUGCCGAUGGCUUACUUGGACGCAAUGAGCUGAAAAUCAAGCUUCGCCGCAGAGCCAAGCGAGCGCGUGCCGCUAGCGCAGCUGGCGCAAUGAUUGACGAAAAGGAUGAUGGGAUCACCACAGGAUGGAUCUGCGUUAACGCGGGCGUGGUUGACGAAGGUGCUUCCACGACGCAGCUGAGCGACGUUGGCAUCGAGGGAUUUGGUAACCUUGAUCUUGGCACCAGUGUGGUUGUCCAGAUAUUCACGGAGGAGAAACGGGCUGAUGUUGACCUUGAUGGUCUUUGGGAGGCGACUCUAGUUCGUGAAGGGCGACGAAACCUCAGGGAGAGCACAGAAAAUCCCUCAAAGACUAAUGCUGCGCCUCCUAGGUCUAUGUCUGAUGGAUUUGGCUCCACUCCGGGCUCAAAGAGAUACUUCCAUACCGCACGAUGA